AUGGAGGCGCGCGGGGAGCUGGGCCCCAGCCGGGAGUCGGCGGGUGGCGACCUGCUGCUGGCGCUGCUGGCACGGAGGGAGGACCUGCGCCGAGAGAUCCCUCUGUGCGCUGGCUGUGACCAGCAUAUCCUGGAUCGCUUCAUCCUCAAGGCCCUGGACCGCCACUGGCACAGCAAGUGUCUCAAGUGCAGCGACUGCCACACACCACUGGCUGAGCGCUGCUUCAGCCGCGGGGAGAGCGUGUACUGCAAGGACGACUUCUUCAAGCGCUUCGGGACCAAGUGCGCCGCGUGCCAGCUGGGCAUCCCGCCCACGCAGGUGGUGCGCCGCGCCCAGGACUUCGUGUACCACCUGCACUGCUUCGCCUGCGUGGUGUGCAAGCGGCAGCUGGCCACGGGCGACGAAUUCUACCUCAUGGAGGACAGCCGGCUCGUGUGCAAGGCGGACUACGAGGCAGCCAAGCAGCGAGAGGCCGAGGCCACGGCCAAGCGGCCGCGAACGACCAUCACGGCCAAGCAGCUGGAGACGCUCAAGAGCGCCUACAACACGUCGCCCAAGCCGGCGCGCCACGUGCGGGAGCAGCUGUCGUCGGAGACGGGCCUGGACAUGCGCGUCGUGCAGGUGUGGUUCCAGAACCGCCGGGCCAAGGAAAAGAGGCUCAAGAAAGACGCCGGCCGGCAGCGAUGGGGCCAGUAUUUCCGCAGCAUGAAGCGCGCCCGCGGCGCCCCCAAGUCGGACAAGGACAGCGUCCAGGAGGAGGGGCCGGACAGCGACGCUGAGGUCUCCUUCACGGAAGAGCCAGCCAUGGCCGAGAUGGGCCCCGCCAACGGCCUCUACAACAGCCUGGUGGAGCCCACCCCAGCCUUGGGCCGGCCCUCAGGAGCCCCCGGCAGCUUCCCACUGGAGCACAGAGGCCUGGCUGGCCCAGGCCCGGAGCAGUUCCGGGAGCUGCGCCCCGGCAGCCCCUACGCUGUCCCUCCUUCCCCUGCGGCCCUGCAGAGCCUCCCGGGCCCCCAGCCCCUCCUCUCCAGCCUGGUGUACCCCGAUGCUGGCCUGGGCCUCGUACCCACGGGGGCCCCAGGGGGACCCCCGCCCAUGCGAGUGCUGGCUGGGAACGGACCCAGCUCUGACCUGUCCACGGGGAGCAGUGGGGGCUACCCCGACUUCCCCGCCAGCCCCGCCUCCUGGCUGGAUGAGGUGGACCACGCCCAGUUCUGACCGAGGCCCCCAGCUCCACUGAGCACCGGACUUGAAGGAGGGGUGGGGGGGGGGGUGUCCUGGCGCUGCGCCCUCCUUUCCUGGAGCCUGGACCUCGAGUCGUGGGGUGCCGCCACGGGUGCCACUGGGGACAGGAUGAAGAUGAGCCAGCGGAGGGAGCACCCUGCCUGCACCCCCACUCUCAAGCAGGACUGUCUGCCCCUCCUCCUCCGACCAGGGCUGGCCCACUGUGGGCGCCCAGAAGCCGGCUCUGUACGCAGACUUCUCCCUUUAUGGACCAACCAACCUAAGGUGUGGGCUGAUUCUAGACAUGAGGGCUCCCACUAGGCCCUCCUGGGCCUCUCCCUGGCCCAGCCCGGCGGGCAGAUGCGUUCAUUCCCCAAACUGGAAAAUCCUGCUGGUCCUGCUUUCACUCCCAGGCCCUUCUCUCUGAGCCCACGUUAGGACAGGGACUGGCCUCACCUUUCUGGGCUGAAGGUGGCAGUGGGGGGAGGGCACCUCUGUGUCCUUUCGGCUCCCUCUGGGGACCUCCCUCCACCAAGCCCCUUUCCCCAGGAGCCCAUCACCCCCUGCCCUAGGUUCCUCCGUUCUCACUGGACUCCACUCCCCCCUGGAGUUGACAACUCCCUGGGGGGCCCUGGUCGGCCCAGCCCUCUGUCCGGGGGAGCUCCCUCCCCGCC